AUGCAGGCUGUCACCAAAUACCCACCCCAACUUCCAAGGUCGCAUAUCGGUCAGUUGAGGGACUGCAGUCAAGUAAGACGCAUCGAAUUCGCUUGCCCGCCGUUCAUGCCACCCACCCGUGCCGCGCCCCCUUCUUACAUGGCCAGCGUCCCCAAGCCUUCCACCUCCCGAAUUCCAACGCCAUCUCUGUUAGUUUCCGUCAUGUCUCGGCUCUGCUGCCUGGUAGGGCUGGCUGGACACAUGCACCGGCACCCCGGGCACUACUUGUGCGUAUGCUACCAGUAUGACCCAAGAGGCACGGUAGUGCGGCUGGGCCAUCGGGAGUGCUGGACCCUAGUCUGCCCAAGUUGCCCAACUUUCCACUUAGACCCGUCCCAUGACAUCUCUGUUCAUCAAGUCCAGCGUAAGGCCACCCUGUGGAUGAGCAAGGACGCACCACUAGGACCUAGAUAA